AUGUCGUACGAUGUCGCAUCCGACGCUGCGCCCGUCGCAUGGACGGGCCUCGGAUCAACUUCCGCCACUCACACUCCUUCCGCAACCCCCUCCGCACUCUCCGCCUCCGCCGUCUCCCCCGUUUCCGCCGCCGCUCUCCCUGCGUCAGCACAGCAGCAGCAGCAGCAGCAGCGUCCCGCCACCCCCCACCGGCUCACGUGGAGCGAUCAAGUGAUUGCGCUUGAAGGGGAGGCGGGGGGGGAACAAAACGCGGAGAGCGGAGGCGCGGGGGCCGCAGACGGCGAGCGCGGGGCUGGCAUCAGGGGAGGCGGUAUGGGAGGCGGAACCGGGGGAAAGACGGCAGUGUGGGGGCUGUCGAAGCAGGACGCGCUGAGGGCGAUUCUGGGGGAACACGGCGCGGAGGCGUUCGGAAUGGGGGGAGGAGCAGGGGGAAAGAACGAAGGGCGUGAUAGCGGUAAGGCGGACAACGAGGUGGUGAUUUCCGAUGGCGCGGGCGGCAUGGGCGCAGCAGAAGGCGGGAAAGGGGGGGACUGGCGGGGAAACGGUAGUGGUCGCGGGCUGGUCGACAGGCGCAAUGACGUGGACGAUGAUGACGUGGACAGCGAGGACGAUGACACGGACGACGACGAGGAGGGGGGCGGCAAGGGUCGGCGGCGGCGGCGGCGGGGAGGGGGUGGGGGGCGGCAUGGCGGCUUCCGGUCGCACGGCAUGUGGUCGGAGCGCCUGCACUCCGACGGGGACGACUCGUUCGACGACGCGGAUGAUGACUAUAGCAGCGGCAGCGGCGGCGGCGGAGGGCGGGGCGGGGGCGGCGGGGGCAUGUCCGGGGGAGGCGCGCGGCAGCGCGACAGGGUGUGGCCGCUGCAGCUGCACAUGCGCGAGUCGUCGUUGCUGGCGCAACUGAUCCUCGUGCUGCUGCUCGGCGCGCUGCUGUUCGGCGUGGGUGUGGCGACGAACGCGGUGUUCUGGAUGGGCGCGUCCGUGCCCGCGCCCAUCUGGUUCCCCGCCGGCUUCGCGCUCUUCGCCGUCACGGCGGCGGGACAUCGCGUGUUCGUGGGCAACUUCCUCGGCUAUCUCGCGUUCGCGUUUUAUUUCCGCCUCGUGCGCCUCUCCAUGCCCGCCUCCGCCGCCUCCGCCACCGGCGCGCUGCUCGACGCGCUCUGCGCCACGCUCGGCACGCACGCGCUCGCGCUCAUCCUCGCGCGCAUCUUCCGCGCGCACCGCCGCCACCGCACGCCCCUAGACUGCACCCCCAACGUCUUCCGCUUCUGCUCGCUCGUCCUCCUCGUCCCCCUCCUCUUCCAAGGCCUCCAAACGCUCCUCUCCGCGCUCGCGCAAGCGGAUCCCCCGCCGCCCCCGGACAGCCGUGUGCAGUCCUGGCUGUUCCGCGCCGUCGCGGACGGAAUCGGCGUGCUCGUCGUCGUUCCGCUAUUCGUCCAGAUCUCCGUGACCUCCGCGGGGAGAGGGUCCGACACGUGGCAGCGAAACCAGUGGGAGCAGCAGCGCAUGCAGCAGCAGCAGGUGCGGUGGUGGCUGCCGUGGUGCCUCCCGCCCUGCGUGGACUAUUUGAUCCAGUCGUGGCGCAUGAUCGCGUUUGUCGCGCUGAACGCGGGCGUGUGCGCGGUGCUCUUCGGGGGUUUCGCGCCAGAGUCGUUCACUGUGUCGCUUAUGUACACGCUGUUCCCCGGGAUCGCGUGGGCGGCGUUCCAGUACAAUCGGCGCGGAGUGAACCUCGUCGCGCUGCUGCUCGCGCUUCUGGGGGGAGUCACCGCCGCGCAUGGGCGCGGGCCGCUGGCGCGCGCGGAUGCCGUGGCCACCAUGGUGCAGGUGCAACUGUUCGCAGCAGUGGAGGCCAUGGCAGCGCUGGCCCUAGCAGCAGCAGUGCGGGACACGAAGCGGCUGCGCAGGGAGCUGCGGCUGCUGAACGCGUCGCUGGAGGAGGAGGUGGUGCGGCGCACGCAGGAGAUCCGGCAGUACAACGAGCAGCUGCAGAUGAGCCAACAGCACGCCGAAGAGGCCAGCCGCGCCAAGACGGAAUUCCUGGCCAACAUGAGCCACGAGAUCCGCACGCCCAUCCACGGCAUCAUUGGCAUGACAGCACUCGCUCUCGACGCCCUCGAGUCCAUCCACUCCUCCCCCACCACCGCAUGGGGCACCGACCAGCACAACCAGCAGCAGCUAUUACAGGACCAGCUUCACGAGCAGCAGGGGCAGGGGCAGGGGGAGGUGGUGGCGGAGGUGAGGGAGCAUCUGAUGAUCGUGGCGCAGUCUGCGGAGUGUCUGCUGGGCAUCGCCAACACGGUUCUGGACCUGGCAAGGAUCGAGGCGGGGCAGCUGGAGCUGCUCAAAGUGCCGUUUGCCAUCCGGGAUGUGGUGGUUAGCACCAUGAAGAUGCUGCAGGUGCGAGCGGUGCAGAAGCAGCUGGACUUCUCAUGGGAGGUGGACGAGGACGUGCCCGUGGAGCUGCUGGGCGAUGCUGCGCGCCUGCAGCAGAUCAUCAUCAACCUCGUUGGCAAUGCCAUAAAGUUCACGUCAGCGGGCUCUGUGUCGCUCACCAUCCGCCUCUUUGCUCGCCCGCGCCGCCAGAAGGCCUACACCACGUGCUUUGCCCCGCGCCCCCACCGCCACGCCACGCUCUCCUUUGCUGCCCCGAGCUUCGCCGUUGGUAGGGGAGGUGGCGGCGUGGGUGCUGCUGCUGCUGCUGCUGCUGCUGCUGCCGCUGCUGGUUCUGGUGGUGGAGUUUCCAGUGCAGCGGCGGGAGCAGACGGGACUGGGGCUGAUGGGGCAGCAGCAGGGGGAGCUGCUGCUGCUGAAGAUGAUGCGGGUGGGGGGGCAGGUGGGGGGGAGCCUCAGCGUCAGCUCAACUUGAUGGCGCAGAGAGGGGGCCGAGGGGGCGCUGCUGGGGCUAAGGAUGCGAGUGCUGGGGGAGGUGCACGGGGAGGGGGAGGGGGAGCGGGAGCGGGAGGGGCAGGGGGAGAAGGAUCACGGCUGAGAGAAGCGGGGAGAGGCGGUGCUGGGGAUGCGGAAGCAGGGGCUUGUGGAGAGGAUGGUGGGGAUUUGGAGCAGGGAGGAGGAGGGGGAGGAAGAGGAGGAGGGGGAGGAGGAGGAGGAGGAGGUGGUGGUGGUGGUGGUGAGAUUCGACCCACGCGCAUGGCCUCUACCUCUGGCUCUGUCUCUGCCUCUGCCUCUUCCUCCCUUCGAUGGGCCAUACCCAUGUCUCUUUUCGGCCGGGACGACAAGCACGGGGGCAGUGAGAGGGGCCUGGGAAGAGAGGGCGAGGAAGGAGAGAGAGGAGGAGAGGAAGGGGGAGAAGGGAGAAGAGGGGGAGGGUUAGGGGGCAGGGGAGCCAGUAGUUUCACUGCUGGCUCUGGUGGUGCUGGUGCUGCUGCUGCGGCGGCGGCGGCAGUGGGAGGUGGGAGUGUGGGUGCAGGAGGAGUGGCAGCAGGGGCAGGAGCGGCAGCAGCAGGAGGAGCAGGAGCAGGAGCAGGAGGUAAGAGGUUGGGCAGAGCAGGUGGAGGGUCAGCAGGGCCUAUUAGCUUCGCUUCCUGGUGGCCUCUUGUCACCUCAACUUCCGCUUCUUCUGCUUCUGUUGCUGCCGGCACUGCCUCCACUAGCGGUGCUGGUGGUGCAGCAGCAAGCGGGCAGAGCAGUGGAUUGGAUAUAGAGAUGGGAAUGGGCUCGGAUCAGCAGCAGCAGCAGCAGCAGCAGCAACAGCAGCAGCAACAGCAGCAACAGGCACAACUACCCACCCCGUUUGCCCGCAGCAGCAGCUCCAACGCGCUAGACACAUGGGGCGCGUCCUCCUCCUCCCUCGCCUUCCCUUCCCCGCCCGCAACCUCCUCCUCUGCAUCCUCCACCUUCCUCCCCUCCCAACCCCUCCUCCCAUCAGGCACCUCUUCCUCCUCUCCUCGCUUCCUCCCUCUCUCUUCCACCAUGACUGCUGGUCCUGGUCCUGGUCCUCUCCCUUCGCACUACUCUCCCUCGCCUGCUGCCUCUGCUGCUUCUGCUGCUGCUGGGGGUUCGGUUGGGACUGGUGCGGGGGUUGGAAGCAGUGGGGGUAGGUUUGGGGAAGGGGGCAAGGGUGCGGCUGGGGACUGGGGAAAGGAGCGAGGGGGCCGGAGGGGUGGGGGAAAGGGAGGAAUGGCGGGGUUGUUGCGUAGUAGCGGUGGCAGUGGCAGUGUGGCAGGGUUGCUGUUAAAGGAGGAGGAGGAGCGGCCGAGGCGGAAGGUGAGGAGGAGCGCGAUGAGCGAUGGGGGAGAGCUGUUAAGUAUCGCUGCUGAUGAGAUUAGCCAAAAGGAGACGACUGGGACGGGAGGAGAGGGGGGUAUGGGGAAGGUGGGGAGCGUGGGGAGUGGAGCAGCAGCGGCAGGGGGAGGCGCCGGUGGGUUGGUGAGAGCAGCAGCAGGAGGGGCGGCGGCAGGAGCUGGGGCGAGUGGGGAGGGAGACGGGGAGAGGGGAGGCGGGGAGGGGGGAGGAGGGAAAGGGGGAGGAAGGGGAAGUGGUGGGGCAACAGCAGGGGGAGGAGGGGGAGGUACGUGGCUGUCAGGUGCUAAGGGAAUGUGGAGUGUGAGCUCUAGCGCAGGGGGAAGCAGCAUUGGUGGGGGCAGCGGCGGCGGCGGUGGUGCUGCUGUUGGUGGUGCUGCCACUGGUGCUGCCGCUGGUUCUGCUGGUGCUGGUGCUGAAGCUGCUUCUGGUAGCAGCGGUGGUGGCGGUGGUGGGAGGGGAAGCAGUGGCAAGGGCGGGGUAAACGAGAGGUGGGUGAUCUCUAGAACACACUCUUUGGAUACAGCCAAGGUGAGGCGCGGACUCAAGGGAAUUGACCUCAUUGGUAAUGUGGGAGUUUCUGUGGACACAGGGGGAGGCACAGGAGGGAGAGGAGGAGCAGCAGCAGGGGGAGGAGCAGGAGGAGGAGGAGGAGCAGGAGCAAGCGGAGGAGGGGGAGGAGGAGGGUUAGGAGGAGUGGCGAGCAGUGGCGUGGGAGGCAGAGACAGUGAGGGAACGGAAGACGUGUGGUUGGUGGUGUGUGUGAGCGACACAGGCGUAGGCAUCAGCUCAGACCAGCAGGAGAAGAUAUUCGAGAACUUUGUGCAAGCAGACACGUCGCACACGCGCGUGUACGGAGGGAUAGGGCUGGGGUUAAGUAUAGUUCGCAGCAUGGUGCAUAUGAUGGGGGGGAAGGUGUGGGUGGAAAGCGAGCUAGGGACAGGCUCGUCUUUCUUCUUUACUGCUCGCUUCGCCAAGCCCAAACGCCAGCCUGUGAGGAACGAGGGAGGAGGGGGAGGUGUCGGGUGGGCGAGGGGGGACGGGUCUCCUUUGCAGCAGCAGCUGCGGCAGCUGGGUAUCACUGCUGAUGGUAUGGGAGUAGGUACUAAUGCUGCCGGUGCUGCUGGAUUUGGUGCUUUCCUACCUGCCCCUGCUUCGGCGGCUCUGUCGAAGCCUGUCGCCGCGCGUGUCCCCGCACCUGCUGCCAAGCCUGUCGCCAAGCCUGUGCCGAGGGUAGGGUCGGACAAGCAGCGGCUGUCAGCAGCGGCAGCAGCUCUGCAGGACGUGGCAGCACCGCUGCUGCUGGAGGCACAGCAGGGACUCGCAACAGGCGCCAUGGCAGCUGGCGCUGCUGCUGCUGCUGCUGGUGGCGGCGCUGCUGCUAGCGCUGGCGCUAGUGCUGCUUCUGGUGCGGGUGGUGGUGGUGUUGGUGGUGAUAUUGACGGUGGUGGUGGCGGUGGUUUCGGCAGUGAGAUGCUUCGAGAGGCUCCUCUUCCGCCUCCUGCUCGCACCACCAGCCUGCCCUUCGCCACCAGUGGCCCAAGUGACACAGCUGCCGCCACAGCUGCCGCCUUCCCCGCCUCUGCUACCAGUCCCGGCACUGUUGCUGCGUGGACGCACUCCCCCGUUCUCCUCAUGCCUACUUCUCUCCCGUCCACUGGUGAUACUGCUGCUCGUGCUCUUGUAGGGGCAUCCGGAGGAGGAUCAGAAGGAGGAGCAGCAGCGGCGGCGGCGGGAGCAGGAGCAGUGGGAGUGGAAGGAAGUGGAUCAUCCUUGGCGUACCCUGUAUCUCCUGUGCGCCGCUUCCCCUCCCUCCAACCAGACUCUGCCUUCCAAGCAACCCCAGCAGCUACUACUUCUAUCCCUGCCCCUGCCCCUGCCGCUCCUCCUCUUGCUGCUGUCAACCCCGCUUCUCCAGCCUUCAUUCCCUCCUCCCAUCCCCUCGCUCCUGCCUCAACCGCUUCUGCAGCAGGCACGACUACCUUUGCGCCUCCUGCUGCUGUUGCAUCACCAGAUGGCUUCUUACUCCCUCUCAGCGCCCCUCUCACUGUCUCCAGCUUCCCCAGAGAUGGCUCACGCGCUCAUCCCACUCAUGUUGCCACCUCAGCUGCUGCUGUAGCUGCUGCUGCUGGGAGUACAGGCAUGGGUACUGGGAUGGGACCAGGGAUGGGUACAGGUGGCUCUCCUCUGUUGGUGGCUGGUGGUGCUGAUGCUUCCACACAGAAAAUGCUUGAGCAGUCAGCAGCAGCAGCAGCAGCUGCAGCACCCUCACCAUCAGCAGCAGCAGCGGCAGGUGCGAGGCAGCAUUUCAAUCGCUCUGCAUCGCACCGUUCCUUCUCGUUUGCAGGGGAGCAGCCGUGGCAACCCCAGAUGAUGCAAGUGAACAUCCAGCUGCAGCUGCAGCAGCAGCAGCAGCAGCAGCAUCAGCCGUUCUUGGCGCAUCUGCUCUCCAGUCGACGCCGGGGCCUGGAACCACAGCGAUCAGACCCUUCUGUCCUCGCAGCACACCUCGCCUCUCUCGAGCCUUUCACUUCCCCCCGCCUCCUCCCCCUCCCUGGCAACUCCGCUUCCUUGUCCCCCGCAAUGCCACCAUCUGGCCCCCCUGCUUCUUCUCCUGCUGCUGCUGCUGCGUCUGCUCCUGCUGCUGUUGCGUCUGCUGCUGUUGCAUCUGCUGCUGUUGCGUCUGCUGCUGGUGCCUCCGGGUCUGGUGCCCCUCGGGCUGGUGCUGGUUGGUGGAAGGCUCAGGUGCAGGGAGGUACGGCAGCCCGAGGAGGGGGCGGCGAGGGGCCGCCGUUGGCAGGGGUGCGGAUACUGGUAGCAGAGGACAACCCAGUGAACCAGAAGGUGGUGUCCAUUGCGCUGAGGAAGCAGGGCGCACAGGUGGAUAUCGUGGAGAACGGCCAGCUGGCUGUUGAUGCUGUCAAGGCGAGGCGCGACACCAUCGACCUCAUUCUCAUGGAUAUUCAGAUGCCACGGCGGCAGCAGCAUAUGCCGAUUGUGGGGCUGACAGCCCAUAACAUGGCUGGGUAUGGAGACCUGUGCACAGAGGCAGGCAUGGAUGCAUACGCCACUAAGCCGUUCAAAACGCCGGCGCUCGUGGCGCUUAUACUCGAGACUAUCAAGCAGCCGAAAGGGCUGCUGGCCGCGAAAGGAGCCCCCCCUCCCCUUCCUGGGUACCCAGCAGCGGGUGGAGGUGCGGGUGGUGGCAGUUACACAGUGGCAACCCCCCCCAGCGCCUCUGCUGGUCUCCUCAGUAGUGGGAGCAGCAGUUUCAAUGUGGGAGGGAAGGAUGGGAGGAGGAAGAGCAAGGAUGGGAAUGGUGGUGAUGUGAAUGAAAGUGGUGGAAAAACAAGAGGAAAACACCGGAGCUUCCUACUCUGA